AUUCUCCUUCGACCAAGGUCUUGCUAAGAGUCUUUCUUGAUAUCAUGGCAGCACUCACCUCAGGUAAUGUCAAUCAGCGCCGCAAGUGAUGCCAGGAUCCAAAUAUAUUUCUACCCCACAAGGCUGCAGACAAAGGAAAUCAUCAUGUUAGACACUGUCUUUGUUGCCAACAAUUCUCCAGCUAUGGGUGCAUCGGACGAUUUCCACCGAGUCUGUUCUGAUGCUACAUGCAUCUAGAAUCAUAUCGAUAGGGACGAGUUGUUCUCGUUACCCCAAGAUCUAACAAGAUGAUCGCAAACCACACGAAUCCUCUCUUUAGCUCACCCGAUGGGUUCGAUUGACAUUUAGGCACGUUUUCCCCCUAUUGAUAAAAGCAACGUCUUUUUUGUAAGAGAGUUCCUCCAAAAGCAACUUGAAACAAAGACUUGGCCGAACAGAGCCGAGCAGAGUACUCAAUAAGACCUUCCAAUAAAUCAAAGACCGCAAUCUCAAGUCGGUUCAGCCGCCUCCAACCUUAUGAAGAUCACGACUCCGACCAUUCUCUUCGCGCUGGCGUUGACCGCCGCCGCCCUUCCGGCUCCAGACGACACUGUCGGCGCAGAAGCCAGUCCAGCCUCCAGCACCUACGCCGCUGCCUAUACGCCUUCAACUUAUACCGACACAGACGUCAACGCCAAUGCCGAUAACGACACAGACACUGCAGUUGCAAGUGCGAGUGCCGGCGCCAAUGCCACCUCCACCAUGUCACUUCCAACCGCAUCUGCAUCAGCCUCCGCACCUCCUCCUUCGUCCUACGACGACAUGUUCAAUAACAGAGUCAUCGUAGUCGAUGACGCAACGUUCCUUCGCGCUCUCGAGUACGCUGCAGUUCAUCCGACCGUGAUUGGAGAUGACAACGACAACGGCAACGACAGCGGCAGCCCCAACGAAAAAAGAGACAAUGCUCUGCAACCCAAGGCGGGCAAAUUGCCAAAGAACAAGAAACCCGAGAUGGUCAGAUGGUGCACCCCUCAAAUGGACUACUGUACCACCUGGUACGCCCCGUACGGCUACUACGGCAACGGCAACGGCAAUGGCAAGAGGGACGUGGAGCGACGCGCUCGCAAUGACUGGCCUGACAGUGUCCGAGUGUGGUGUAGUAAACACGACGGACCGUGCGUGCCCAUGGGGGAGAGGGAGUUCUGAAAAGUUUUCUCCUGUGGACCAAGAGGAUAAAACAUACCCAUGGCCAUUGACAAGUUACAAAAGAGAAGAUCAAACGUUCCAUCAAGACAGCCUCCUGGAGAAAAGAAAAUUGAAUCGAAUUGUUUCUUCCAUAGUAGCCCACCAACUCGGACAGCAACACAAGUGGUUGACGUCUACCUAGGUAAAUAGCCAUGUUCAUCCGGAGCGAGUCAGGAUACAUACAUCCACGCCCCGCCCUUCCAAUAUUGAAUACCGUCCGUACGGGGUAUUGAACUAACAAUAACAAGUUCUUC